UCACAGUGCUGCACAGUGGGGGCAGCGCAGAGUCCGGGAUCCCACUGGAGUGCUGAGGCUCAGAGCACUCCGAAGCCGCCAGCCAUGAUUAUUUGGGGUCUCCUUUCCCUCCUCCUCCUCCUCACUGUGGCUAAUGGAACCCCCAUCGGAGACCAGGAGGAAGAUAUCCAAGUGCAGGAGAAUUUUGAGGCUGAGCAGAUGUACGGGAAGUGGUUCGACGUCGCCAUCGGCACGACCUGCAAAUGGAUGAAGAACUACAAGGACAAGUUCAGCAUGGGCACACUGGUGCUGGGCCCCGGCCCCAGCGCCGACCAGAUCAGCACUGCCAGCACCAGGCUGCGGCAAGGCGACUGCACACAAGUCUCAGGGGAGUACCAGAAAACCAGCACCCCUGGCAAAUACAUCUACUACAACCCCAAAUGGGAUGUGUCUAUCCAGUCCUAUGUGCUCCGUACCAACUAUGAAGAAUAUGCUGUCAUUCUGAUGAAGAAGAAAAGCAGUUUUGGUCCAAGCACCACCCUGAAGCUGUACGGGAGGAGUCCGGAGCUGCGGGAGGACCUCGUUGAGUCUUUCCAUCAGCUGGCUCUGGAGAUGGGCAUCCCCGAAGACUCCAUCUUCAUCCUGGCCAACAGAGGUGAAUGUAUUCCUCAGGAGACUGAAAAUGCUCCCCAGAGGGCACGCAGAGCAGUCCUGCCCCUGGAGGAGGGCUCAGCCGCAGGACCCCUGCCCACUUACAUUGGAAAUAAAGAAGACUCGUGCCGGCUGAGCCGGGACCCUGGGCCCUGCAGCGGGAUGCUCUCCCGCUUCUUCUACAACUCCUCCUCCAUGGCCUGUGAAACCUUCCUCUACGGAGGCUGUCUGGGCAACGGCAACAACUUCUACUCAGAAAAGGAGUGCCUGCAGGCGUGCCGGACCGAGGCUGCCUGCAGGCUGCCCAUUGUCCCGGGUCCUUGCCAGGCCCUGGUGACGCGCUGGGCCUUCGAUGCAGCCCAGGGCAAGUGCAUCACCUUCAGCUAUGGGGGCUGCAAGGGCAACGGGAACCAGUUCUACUCGGAGAAGGAGUGCAAGGAGUACUGCGGGGCUCCUCAGCUGGCAGAGGAUGAGGAGUUUCUGCAUCUCUCGAACUGAUGCGGGCAGAGGAUGAGGGGCCGGCACCCAGCACCAGGGUCCCGCAGGACGGUGCUGGCAGCUGUGGCAGCACGGGAGAUGCCUCCAGCAGUAAAUGUCCCUAAUGUGA